AUGUUGCUGCCCGCCCUUCUCCUCAUUUUGGCAUCCUCUCUGACUCCUGGGAACAACGAGGUGGUGACCUCUUUUAGUAGUUGCCUUUCCUUCUUCUUGGAUAAUACAGUCCCCGAUGAUGCUCUGGAGCCAUCUGAUCCAGCCAGGAUUUGCCAGAAGUACGAGAACAACUAUUACUUCGCCACAAUGUACGACAAAACAAAUCGCAUUCCGGCAUACUCUGCUUAUGUUUAUAGACCUUCACCAGGUCGCGCACUUCGGGAAUGGAUGGUAGAGCCACAGCUUGUGAACAGCGACUUUGACAGUAACAUGAUAAGCGAGAAAGACUGCAGUAUUCCUAAGGACGAACUCAGCCAAAACCAGGCCAUUGAUUCUGACUAUGGGGGUGCCCCUUAUUAUGUGGACAGAGGACACUUGAACCCCAUGGUCCAUCAGUUUGACGAGGCCAGCAAAACCGCCACUUGCACCCUGACCAACAUCGUCCCGCAGUACAACAAACUCAACCAAGAGCCCUGGGUGGCGUACGAGACCAAGACGAUGGAGCAGAAGCAAGCUCAGUACAAGUGCACUAAAAUCUACGCCCUGGUGGGAGCGGUGCCAGGGAUCACGUACAUAGCAGGGGGCAGAGUCAAUUACCCCAGCCACCUGUGGGCUGCAGCCUGCUGUGUGACUGGUGCCAACAGGUGGUCUUGGGGCAUCCUUGCAAGUAACAACUACACACUUCCACCUGCGGUCACUGAGUACUCUCUGAGAGACCUGGAGCUACAACUUGCUCCUCUGUAUGAGAAGACGAUCGAUCUUUUCCACAGCUCUUGUUACUAG